UUAAAACAAAUCAGUGAAAUUCGUGAUAAACGUCAAACAAGAAGUUGCAAACCAUUUUCUGAUCUUAGUAAUUCGAUGCAACUAAAACGUAGUACAAAAUUUGGCAAAGAAUUAUUAAAUUUAUUUGAGCAACAAGUAACACAAACUUUUAAUAAUCAAGAUAAUGUAACUUUUGAAGGAUUAACUUUUACAGUUAAUUUACAAAAAUUUCAUAUUAAUUAUAACGAAAUAAAUAAUGAAAGUAUCGAUUUACAACAACAAGCGAUAAUUAGAGCAAUGGAUAGUGAAAAAAUUUCAAGACAAGCAUAUCGACUAAUAGCAGCAAUUGGACAUAACCUUCCACGAGAAUGGGCUGUUUCUAAUAUGCGACAACAAAUUAAUCAACAAAUGAUAGAGUUAAUUCCAAUUCAUUUAAUCGAUUUAAAUUUAUUACAUGACAUUGAUAGUACAGAUAAUAAUGAAAUAGAUAUAAAUUUGAUUAAUGAUUCUGAAAUCAUAGAUGAAGUAACUAAAUCAAUUGGAAAAGGAGUUUACCGAUCAAUCAAAGACAUACUUGAUUACAUUAUACCUACACUAUUAGAAAAAAAAAUUAUUAAUGUUAAUAAUCCUAUAUUACAUAUUAGAAUAUCAGGAGAUGGGCGGAAUGUGGGUAAUAAGGUAAAUCAUGUUAUGGUUACCUUUGCAUUACUAAAUGAUUAUACAAAUAUAUAUCAUCCAGAUCACCACUAUACUCUUAUGCUCUAUCCUGGUAUCGAAAAAUAUAAUAAUUUAAAAAUAGCUUUAGCACCAUUAAUUAAAGAUUUAAAUAAUAUCAUAAAUGGUUACUGGGAUAAACAAG